GCGUGCGCGUGUGUGACAUGCGCACACCCAGCCGGCCGCAGCACCAGCGACCUGCUGUCCUACACCGACGCGUCGCGAGGACGCACGCCGAGAGACGCCGCCGCAGCCGCGGGGAUGUGAAGGAGACAGAGUCGGGCUCAGCGGGGACUGGCGGGGCGGUCCUGGCUGUCGGUCAGAGAAUGCCGCAGCAAGUGAACGCGUCCUCGGCGUUGGAUCUCGAUCGUGACCCGGCUGUCGCUCAGAUUCCUGUCCCUCCCUGAGUAGCGGUUGUUAUUGUUCGUGUUUUAUGCGUUUGAUCGUCACCGAACCAGAGAUGCCGCCCCGUUCUCACAGCCUCCAAUCCAGCGGACUGACGCUCUCCGAAACAAGCAUGGGUUCCUUUAAGAGAAGGAAGAGGAAAUCCAUCACUGUGACGGUGAUGCUGCUCAUCGUGUCUGUGCUCAUCCUUAUUUUCGGCCUGGCGGCGACCACCAGGACGCAGAACAUCACAGUGGGAGGCUACUACCCAGGACUCAUUCUCGGCUUUGGCUCCUUUCUGGGAAUCAUUGGAGCUCAUUUGAUAGAGAACAAGAGGCAGAUGUUGGUUGCAUCUAUUGUCUUCAUCAGUUUCGGUGCAGUCGCUGCCUUUUGCUGCGCUAUUGUUGAUGGAGUUUUUGCAGCGAGGCACAUUGAUCUCAGGCCUUUGCACGCUGGUCGCUGCGGGUAUCUCUCCAGUGAGGCUGCAUCUGAGCGGGACGUGCCGUGCCAAACGCCGCGUUCAUCGUGUAACCUGCGUGUGAAGAGCAACACCUGUUACUGCUGCGAUCUCUACAACUGUGGGAGAGAACCUCUUAUGGGACUUCAGAAUAAAGAUGUUUUGAAAAAGUUUAGAAAGUCAUCCAUGAUUUGGAAGCCUAGCCGUGGAGAGGUGAUGGGAGGCUACCACGAAUACACAGACGUGAAAAGCUGCCAGGACGUCGUGCACCUCUACUACCUGCUGUGGUCCGCCACCAUCAUGAACAUCGUGGCCCUUUUUCUGGGCAUUAUCACUGCAGCUGUCCUGGGAGGCUUCAAGGACAUGACGCCUGCUCCUGCCUCAGAGAGUACAUCUGAACCAGAGGCCAUAGCUGCUCCAGUCCCCUCUGCUCUUCCUCCUCCUCUUCCUCCUCCUCCUCCCAGCACUUCUCUCAGCCCUUAUCAUCACACUGCCCCCUGCCUGCCGCCUUACACCGCCUACGACCUGCAGGGCUCCUACAUGUUCCCUGACUCCUCGGGCCUUUCGGAUGACUCCCAGUCUGGAGCCAGCCACCUAUGGCCCACUAUGAUCCCUCCCCGCUACUCCCCUCCUCAUGAACACCCAGAUGAGAAACCGCCACCAUACAGCCCGUAGGAGGGCUUCAGGAGAGAGAGGAAAAAACACACCUGAGGACCUUCCAGGUGUCGGGAGAUACUCGCUCAGAUCCUGUGGGCUUUUCUUCACAAACACUCAAAGGUGCGUUGAAGAAAAGAGGGAAGCAUGGCCACAGGACGGGCCGAUAUGGCCCAGCUGAAGGGAACAAGCGGCCCCCCAGGCGACACUCACCCUCUGGCCUGCUCCAUGCGUCCAUAUCUGUGCCGAGAGAGAUACAGCCUGCUCAGAGGCAGGUUUGUUUACACAUCUAUCUGCCUUAAUGCAUAAUGGACUUCCAACACUGUAAAGACUUUGGGCUUACUCUGUACAGAAACUCUCCUCCAGCUCAUACUUUACGUUCAUGUGUCGUCAAUGGAAACUUAAAAAAAAAAAAAAAUGCUUUCUGCCUCGACUGGAGUAGAAGAAAUUGGCUGAAAGAGACUCUACUGCUGUCAAUAAUAUCAAUUUAGAUGGAAAUGUUGGUGUCCAGAGAUGAAUCAAGUUGAAAAACCCAACAAAUAAUUUCUUUAGUCUCUGAGCAUUACUAAAUGGAAAUGUUUGUAGUGAUGGAGGCAUUAAUAUGCCCGUGUUUGUACAGCGGCAUGUUGUAGUUAGCAGAGCUAGGCCUAAGAUGUAAAACAGACCAUGAUAUUUAUUUCUGUUCUCUUCUGUGUGGUGAACAGAGCAACAUUAUUCAGGAAAUAAAACUAGUGAACCUAUACAGGAGCUGCUGAGGAGAUGCAUUUAACCCUAUUUAUUGUCUUUCUGUCAAAAGCUGCAAAGCAGGUGUGCAUAAAAAUAUGUUUCACACU